AUGUCUCCGAAGUAUGCCAUGAGAGGGAUGUUUUCUGAAAAAUCUGAUGUCUAUAGCUUUGGGGUAUUGGUCUUGGAGAUUAUUAGUAGCAAGAAGAAUGCCAACUUCUAUUUAUAUGACCAACAGCUAGGCUUUCUAGCCUAUGCAUGGAACUUGUGGAAUGAAGACAAGAGAUUGGAGUUGGUAGAUGAAAUAUUAGGCGAUUCAUAUUCCUCAUUGGAAGUACUAAAAUGCAUGCAUAUCGGGCUUCUGUGUGUACAAGACAAUGCUGUGGAUAGGCCAACCAUGGCAGAUAUAGCUUUGAUGUUAAGUAGUGAGAAAGAUGGUUCACAACCUAAGCUGCCUGUAUUCACUAUCCAAAACUCAGCUUAUCAUCCUUAA